AGAUUUCAGCACCACUUAAAUUAGUUUUCAAUGUUAAUGAUCUUUACCUAAAUUACGAAGUCCCAUCCCUGUUACUACUGCUUGUACGUCCCAGAGUUCGAGUACGUCUGGGCCAAAUCCUUAUACUAUAGUAUCUAUGCCUUAGAACUGGAACUAGAAUCAACCACCCUCAAUAAUCACCAUGGCUGGCUUGACUCUGCUCUUAGUAGCUGUCCUCCUUACGGCCCUCCCCCACCAAAACAUGGCAGACGAGCACUCACAUCAGUACUCCGACAGUGAGCAGGUGGUGGUGUGGAUUAACACAGUGGGCCCUUAUCACAACAGACAAGAGACCUACCCGUACUUCUCCCUGCCCUUUUGUCGAGGGGCCAAGCAUGAUAUCGGACAUUACCACGAGACCAUGGGGGAGGCACUGCAGGGAGUAGAGCUGGAGUUCAGUGGCCUGGACGUCAGCUUUAAAAACUCUGUGGACAAGAAGGAGUACUGUAGUGUGGUGUUGGACGAGAGCAAGAUGAGGGCCCUCGUCUAUGCCAUCAAGAACCACUACUGGUAUCAGAUGUACAUUGAUGACCUAGCAAUGUGGGGUAUUGUGGGUGAGGUGGAGGACGGCCCUGACAGUAAAGAGUAUAUCAUCAUGACACACAAGAAAUUUGAUAUCGGCUACAAUGGCAACCAGAUUGUGGAGGUGGAUAUGACCACUGAAGGCAAGACAAAACUGGAGAUUGGUAUGACUCUAUCCUUCACCUACCAGGUGAACUGGAAAUCGUCUGAAACUAAAUUUACUAAUCGAUUUAACAAAUACCUUGACCCAAAGUUCUUCCAACACAGAAUCCACUGGUUCUCUAUCUUCAACUCGUUCAUGAUGGUCAUCUUCCUCGUGGGACUGGUCAGUAUGAUCCUUAUGAGGACUCUCAGGAAGGACUAUGCCAGAUACUCCCGUGAUGCUGACCUCGACGACCUGGAGCGAGAUAUCGGUGAUGAGUAUGGAUGGAAGCAGAUCCAUGGCGACGUGUUCCGACCUCCCUCAUUCCCCAUCCUAUUCUCAUCACUCAUCGGGACAGGGAGCCAGCUGGCAGUGGUCAUGCUUGGCUGCAUCACUGCCUCUCUCCUCGGUCACCUCUACACUGAACGUGGGACCUUGCUCAGCACAGCUAUCUUUCUCUAUGCUGCCACCUCACCAGUCAACGGAUAUGUCGGGGGAGCCAUCUUCUCAAGACUGGGGGGCAAGGAGUGGAUUAAGGCAAUGCUGUUUGGGACUGCUCUUUUCCCCACCUUUGUUUGUGGGACCAUCAUCAACAUUGUUGCCAUCUCAUACCAUGCCUCCAGGGCACUCUCUAUCUUCACCAUGUUAACUGUGGUGUGCAUAAGCUUGUUUGUAAUCCUCCCUCUGAACCUGGUGGGCACCAUCUUGGGUCGCAACAUCUCCGGGGAAUCCGACCACCCCUGCCGAAUCAACACAGUCCCUAGACCCAUACCAGAGAAGAAAUGGUUCAUGGAGCCAUGGGCUAUUGCCCUGUUGGGAGGGAUACUACCAUUUGGCUCCAUAUUUAUUGAAGUGUAUUUCAUUUUCACGUCAUUCUGGCAGUACAAAAUCUACUAUGUGUUUGGGUUCAUGCUACUGGUGUUUCUAAUCAUGAUGGUCGUGACUGUGUGUGUCACCAUCGUCUGCACUUACUUUCUACUCAACUCCGAAGAUUAUCGAUGGCAGUGGACAAGCUUCUGUUCUGGUGGCUCCAUUUCACUGUACAUCUACUUAUAUGCCUUCUACUAUUUCUUUUUCAAGACUAGGAUGUAUGGUCUUUUUCAAACUCUGUUCUACUUUGGGUACAUGGCAUUGGGCAGUGCGGCUCUAGGUAUUCUCUGUGGUACCGUUGGCUAUAUUGGAACAAGCUACUUUGUGAAGAAAAUUUACUCAACAGUGAAGAUUGACUGAAGUAUAAACUGUGUAGCUUCUGAAUGAUUGAUACAACGUGUAGGGUUUAUUAUGGUUACAUCAUCAUUUUCACUGUAUUAUAUUAUAACCUCUAUUGUAUAUAGAAUUUGCAAAACACAUGUUUGCUGUCAA